GCGAGUUUUCCUGUUUGUCGGUUGUAAACACUGGGCGAUAACCUAGUGCUUCGACUUUUUAAUUGCUGAUUUGGUUUUCAAACACCGCAAACUUUGCCUCCUGAGUCCGCGGGGAGGGCAGCCUAAAGAUGCACAUCAAGUCUAUUAUUCUUGAAGGAUUCAAGUCCUACGCACAGAGGACGGAGAUCAACGGCUUUGACCCGCUGUUCAACGCCAUCACGGGACUGAACGGCAGCGGCAAGUCCAAUAUUUUGGACUCGAUAUGUUUCCUUUUAGGCAUUUCAAACCUCAGCCAUGUGCGAGCCUCCAACCUCCAGGACUUGGUUUACAAAAAUGGACAGGGUGGCAUCACCAAGGCCACUGUGUCUAUUACCUUUGACAACUCCAACAAAAGCCAGAGUCCUCUGGGUUUUGAAACCCACGAUGAGAUCACCGUCACCAGACAGGUGGUAAUCGGUGGCAGGAACAAGUACCUCAUCAAUGGAGUGAAUGCCAACAACACCAGGGUGCAGGACUUGUUCUGCUCUAUUGGCCUCAACGUCAACAACCCGCAUUUCCUCAUCAUGCAGGGGAGGAUCACCAAAGUUCUAAACAUGAAGCCACCAGAGAUCCUUGCCAUGAUCGAGGAGGCAGCGGGCACCAGGAUGUACGAGUGUAAAAAGAUUAGCGCUCAGAAAACCAUUGAGAAGAAGGAGGCCAAGCUGAAGGAGAUUCAGACGAUUUUGGAUGAGGAAAUCACUCCAACCAUGCAUAAACUCCAAGAGGAACGAUCAUCAUACUUGGAGUACCAGAAGCUGAUGCGUGAGAUCCAGCACCUGUCCCGGCUGUACGUGGCCUGGCUGUUUGUGUGUGCCGAGGAAACCAAGCUGAAGUCGGCGGAUAAUCUGAAGGUGAUGCAGGAUAACAUCGCCAAGAUGCAAGCAAGCAUGGCCGAGAAUGAGAGCAAAGUCCAGGAGCUGUCGGCCCAGAUUCAGGAGCUGCAGAAGAAGAAAGACCAGGAGGUGAGUGGAGUAUUAAAAUCCCUGGAGGAGACUCUAGCUGACGUGCAACGUGUGGAUGCCAAAGCUCAGAGUGCGCUCGACCUGAAAAAACAGAACGUCACAGAUGAAACCAAGAAGAGGAAUGAGCUUGUCAAGAGUAUGGAGGAGGACAAGAAAAUGCUUGUGGUAAAAGAAAAGGAAGUUUCUAAGUUGUCGGAGCAGCUUCAGGCUCUACAGGAGGAGGGACAGAAGGACAGUGCGGCCCUUGAGGCAGCUGAGCAGCAUUUCAGGGCCGUGUCAGCGGGCCUCUCCACCAACGAGGACGGAGAGGAGGCCACGCUGGCUGGCCAGAUGAUGACCUGCAAGAAUGACAUGAGCAAGGCCGAAACCGAGGCCAAGCAGGCCCAGAUGACCCUGAAGCAUGCCCAGGCUGAGCUGAAGACCAAACAGGCCGAGGUGAAAAAGAUGGACAGCGGCUACAAGAAGGACCAGGACAGCCUGCAGGCUGUCGCAAGCAGCAGGGAGAAGUUUCAGGCGGAGCUGGCUAAGCUCAACUAUGAAGAUGGAAAGGAGGAGAAUCUGCUCGACAAAAGAAGGCAGCUGUCCAGAGAGGUCGCUAAACUUAAAGAGACCUAUGAGCGUCUUGUGUCUCGCUUCCCCAACUUGCGCUUCGACUACAAGGACCCAGAGCGAGGAUGGGACCGCAGCAAAGUGAAGGGGCUGCUCGCGAACCUGAUCACAGUCCGGGACGUCUCCUACGCAACAGGACUGGAGGUCGUUGCAGGAGGCCGCCUCUAUAACAUUGUAGUUGACACAGAGGUGACUGGUAAGAAGCUGUUGGAGAAGGGAGAGCUGCAGCGGCGGUACACCAUCAUUCCCCUGAACAAGAUCUCUGCCAAGACACUCGGCGACAGAGUGGUGAACACCGCCAAGAGUCUGGUCGGAGAGGACAACGUCCAUGCAGCUCUGUCCCUGGUGGGCUACGAGUCUGACCUGCGCAAGGCCAUGGAGUACGUCUUUGGCUCCACACUGGUGUGCGACACCCUGGACAACGCCAAAAAAGUGGCUUUCGAUAAGCAGGUGAUGACCAAGACCGUCACUCUUGGAGGGGACAUCUUCGACCCACAGGGGACUCUGAGCGGAGGCGCUCGCUCCCAGUCAGCAUCGGUCCUGACCAGCCUGCAGGAACUGAAGGAGGUUCGCGACAACUUGAAUGACCAAGAGGCCCAGCUCCAGGACACUGAGCGACAGCUGGCCAGCCUUAAGGCAACCGCGGAGAAGUACCGUCAGCUGAAGCAGCAGUAUGAGCUGAAGGUGGAGGAGGAACAGAUUCUGCAGGCCAAGGUGCAGCAGAGCUCCUUCCACCAGCAGCAAGAGGAGCUGGAGAGGCUGCGCAAGGCCAUUGAGGAGAGUGAGGAGACGCUGCGUGUCACCAAGGAGGUGCAGAAACGGGCGGAGGAGAAGUACAAGGUGCUGGAGAACAAGAUGAAGAAUGCCGAGGCCGAGAGGGAGAAGGAGCUGAAAGCCGCCCAGCAGAAACUCAACGCAGCCAAGGCCAAAGCUGACGCCUUCAAUAAGAAGCUGAAGCAGAAGCGGCAGGAGUCCGACGCCGUGGCCCUGGAGCUGGAGGAGCUGCGGAGGGAGCAGGCUGGUUAUGAGCAGCAGAUUCAGGCUGUGGAUGAAGCCAUGGGGGCCAUCAAGGAGCAGAUAGACAGCAUGGCUUGCACCGUGUCACAGAACAAGGUAUUUGCAUCGUUUUGA